AUGAGGAAUGAUUUCUUUACCGGGACAAAUCCAGCAUUUUUCGCAACAGAAAAAGAACAUAUCAAUUUAGGCAGUAAUACGAUCGUCAAGUUUGAUACAGUGAAGACUAACAUUGAUAAUGGUUAUGACGUAAUAACUGGAGUUUUUACCGCUCCACGUGCAGGAACGUAUGAAUUUUCCGAGAAUUUCAUCUCUGGUAAUACUAAUUUUCUUGAACUUAACUUGAUGAAGAACAAUGAAUUUAUUGUAAGAGGACACGCGGCACAAGCUAUGUCAACGGCUGGUUCCCUUCGAGCUAUCGUCGAAUUAAAUGACGGAGACCGGAUAUACAUAAAACAUCCUCGAAGUUCAGGAGUCCUUCAUGGUGAUCAUUAUUCAAUGUUUUCAGGACAUCUUAUUUAG